AUGCCCAUGACCGACGAAACAGACGACAGCGGAGGGGUUAUCCUAGAUGGCCCCUUCGAUCCUGACGCGCAGGCUACGGUCACUGACUUUAUCGACUACACUGAAUACCUCCCCGCAGACUUAAUCCGCUCAUUGACCCUCAUCCGCGGCCUCGAUGACCGAUACCUCGACUCGGCGCAAGCGGUACACCAGCUCACUCAGAUCUACGGUCAGCUCCCAGACCUUCCUUCGGAUAAUCGACCCAGCCCAAUCGCACUGCGCAAAGAUAUAUCGUCGCAAUUAGAUCGUGCUAUCAACGCGCGUGAAUCGGCAUAUGCCGAGGCCUGUCGUCUCUAUGAUGUUGUAGAUCGCCACUUUGACCGAUUAGGCUGCAUCCGCCAAAAACUCGAAGCGCUGCCCAAGCCUGCCUCCGAGGAACCAUCACCCCCACCCGAGCCUCUACCGAAACGUUCGCGGGGAGGCAAGAAGACCAAAGAUGCCACGACGCGUAUCACCCUUCGCUUGGACAACAAUCGCAAUAGGAGAGAAAAAAACAGGAGGCGUAUGCUAGGUGGUGAUGGAGCUUUUGACCCAGACUCUCCACUUGCCAGUACUGAGCAAUCGGACUUGGAAAGUGAAUUCAUUAAAUCUGCCCCUAAACCCGCUCAACCCCCAAAGAAGGAGAAAGCACGUCACCUGAGCUUGGGGAACGGACCGUCAACAGCCCAGGCCCUUGCGCAGUUGAAACCGCCGCCAGCUGAUGCGAAAUUAGGCAGCGAGGACCUGCCCUGGCUGCGAUUGACGGAAUGGGAGAUGACCAGGCUGCGGAAGAAGAUGAAAAAGAAUGCUGUGUGGCAGCCGAGUGAAGUAAUGAUUCACCGUGAGCUGGCCCUGGCAAAUCGAGGUUGGGAAGCAUACCGUGCCGCAAAGACCCUAGCAGAUGAGACGGGUGGGGAGUUCAUUGACUGUGAUAACAUUGAAGAAACCAGGCGCGGGGAGGCUGCCAAAGAUCUGGAGGAGACAAAGCUGAGCAAUCGCGGAAUGAAACUCAACGAAGCAAAGAAGUUGAAACGCGAACAGUUGGCCCGUGAACAGGCAAUGAUGGAAGGCGAAGGUGGCGUCUUGCUCAAGCCUUUGCUAAGCCCCGCCCAAGCACCACCAGCCGCGAAUCGAUCAUCACGGAAGAGGAAACGAGAAGAGGUCAUCCCCGAAGCAACAGAACUUGCUGCUUCCGAGCUUCCGAAACCUGCGCCAGUUACUGCCCCGGUCGCACCACCAGCCCCUGUCCCUGUGCCCACUUCCAGAGCUGGCGCGUCUCGGCGCAGAUCCAGCCGAGGAGCCGUUCCAGCCGCAGAAACUAACGACCUCACCCCCCCAAUCAAAACCCACAUGUCUCCCGCAGUUGAAACCAAAUUCUCCCCUCCUAUCCCUAGCCCCACAUCUGGACCCUCCAACCCAUCCCUUGUCCAACCAGUCGUCACUACACCCACACCGCCUGUCACUCGGCCUUCAUCACGGCGCUCUGUAGCCGCUGCCUCAAUUGAAGGCGGGAACUUCAUCACCAUCCCGAACGCAAUAGCAGCAAGUGGACGCGAUCGCCGCAUCAAAAGCGCGACACCUGCACACAAAAUACCCAUCCGCGAGCCUUCACACGCUCCAAGUGUCCCCGGCCCGACCCGCCGGCGCAAGCGUCCAGCACCAGGUCCAAUUUCUACCGGUCAAGAUGGCGGCGCAGCAGUAAGCUACGGGCGCCGCAAAGCCAAGCCAGGAAAGAAGCGACUCAGCAUCCGCGACUCUCAGGAUGUUCGUGUGGACGAAGACGGCGUCCUCGAGCAGAUCGAUGCUAAUGAGCCCCGAUACUGUCUCUGUGGAGAUGUUAGCUUUGGGACGAUGAUCUGCUGUGAAAAUCAGGAUGCAAGUUCUCCCUAUUUUGACAUGAUCCAGCGGAAUACUAAUUCUUUUGUCUGUUGCAGUGUGACCGUGAAUGGUUCCAUCUCAAUUGCGUGGGUCUGUCUGAAGUCCCCUCUCGCACAGCCAAGUGGUACUGCCCCCAGUGCCGUGUCAAGCUGCACAAGGGUGAAGAUGGGAUCAUCAAGGGGAGCUCCCGCCGUUAAUUGGAUUUAA